AUGCCUGGACACCCCUUUGAGGAGAUGGGACCCCCAGCCCGCAGACCUGCCCGUCACGUACACCAGCAAGGCCAAAAACCUCUUCAACGUGAAAAACCACCCACUCGCGUCCAGAAGCGACCCAAAGAAACACCCUACUUCGCCGUCUUCGAACCCUUCCAAAUAAUCUACUGCAAGUCAUGCAAGGACCUCGUCCCCACGAGCUCCAUCGCCAUCGGCAUCCACCUCCAGAGCCCCUGCUACGCCAUGGCCCCCGGCCCGAAACUCGACAAGGCCGCCCUCCAGGCCCGCGCGCUGCUCGCCACGACCGAGGACGACAGGAACAUGAUCCGGCGGAGAGGGGAGCUGUACACGCUGGCGGCGGGAAGCGACAUGAUCCUGCCCGAGGUUCCCUGGCUGCGCCCGCCCGUCAGCGGGUAUUUCUGCCUGCUGUGCGGGCAGCCGCGGCGGAACCGGGCGGUGCUGAGGGAACACAUGAGGAGGGUGCACGACGGGGAGAAGGACAUGUGGGGGACGACGCUGGUGCAGUCGUUUAGGAGCGCUGGGGCGGACUGGCUGACGUUUCGGGUGCGGCGGCGGGGGUGA